UUCUUGCUAUAUGGCUGGAAUGUGUUGUAGUACCAGUGAGCAACUUGCAGCAUUCUUUUGGAACAGAGCAAGCUGUAGUGUGUGUGUGUGUGUGUGUGUGUGUGUGUUUGUGUGUGUGUGUGUGUGUGUGUGUCUGUUGAAUAGUGUGUGGAGGAGGCAGGCAUGCUGCAGUGGCUCACCAGCUGCUGUGAGACAGGCAGUGCUUUCUACACUCUGAUUGGUGAUGAGUUUGUCUGAAGGUGUGUCUUCUGCUUAACUAGGUCCUGCUCCACUGCUGCUGCAGUUCUUUCAAGACUCCCUCUAUCAGUCAGGGCUGGAAAUAAGGGCACAAGACCAGAUGUUUUAAACUGGAGGAAUUACCUGGUGUACUACUAUAAAACCUUUUUGUGGGCUUGGCAUACUGGAGGAAAGAAGAGGCAAAACUUAAUAGGACGCCAAUAUCUAAAGUGUGAAGGAGACCGUUGGAAAGGAAGCACCCGCCAUGAAACAUCUGGCCAUUUCAAAAUGGUUAACUCAGCUGGGUCUCCUGGAGUACUGCAAGCUGUUUGAUGAGGAGUAUGAUGGAGUGGAGGAUCUGCUCCACUUGACAGAGGCUGAUUUAAAGCUGAUGGGCAUCCACAACCAUACGCACCGGGCGCACAUGACCUCCAGCAUCCUGGUGCUUCGAGAGAGAGAGAGGAGGAGAGAUCUGAAGAUGAUGGCUGAAGGGAAGUUCGCCAGCCUCCCCAGGAACAUGCACAGGAGCCGGCAGUGCUCGCUGGCUUCUUCCAUGGACCUCCUGAGCAGCAGAGCCGCCACGGCAGAGCCACGUGCCAAUGCCUACCAGGAGGUUUCCAUCCACGGCACCCUGCCCAGGAAAAAGAAGGGCGCAGCCCCCGUCCGGUCCUAUGACAUGUACAGCCACAUGGGCACGCUGCCGCACUCCAGGGCCAGGCCCCCGAAGUCCCCACUGCUUCAUGCCGUGAUUAAGGAGCACCCAUUCGAAGAUGCGAGGAUGUGUUUCAGGAACCAGUACGGUAUGGACCCAGCAAUGGAAUACGUUAAGUUCUCCAAGGAGAGAUACAUCAUGGAUGGCACUCCGGAGCGGCUACACAAGGAGCUGGAGGAGGAGCUGAAGUUGAGCAGCGAGGAGCUACGAAGCUAUGCCUGGUACCAUGGAGCCAUCCCCAGACAGGUAUCAGAAAGCCUGAUCCAGCGGGAUGGAGAUUUCCUGAUCCGGGAUUCUCUCUCCAGCCCAGGGAACUACGUCCUGACGUGCCAGUGGAAGAACAGCCCACAGCAUUUCAAAAUCAACAAGAAGGUGAUGGCCAUGAACGAGGCCUACUCGCGGGUGCAGUACCUGUUCGAGAGGGAGAGCUUUGACAGCGUGCCCUCCCUUGUGCGUUACUACGUGGGGAACCGCAAGCCGGUGUCGGGACUGGUGGGCGCCAUCAUCUUCCAGCCCAUCAACAGAUCCCUGCCACUGCGGUGCCUGGAGGAGAAGUACAGCACAAUGCCCAUUAGGAUUGAGUGCUCCGUGCCGGCCGAUAAACCGGAGAACUGCAAGAGGCUGAGCCUCAACGUCAUGAACAAUGGACACUCUCUGGACCACAGAGGCAAUCUCCUGAGAAACAAAGACAAGAGUGGCAGCCAGCCUGCCUGCCUCAACCACGUCCAGGAGAAGAGACGGCCACUCAAGACGCAUCAGUCCGAGAGCUUUCUCCCCAUUGGCUCCCGUCCCCAUCCCCAGACACAUACAAUGGAGAUGCAGCCACAACAGAAGUCCACCGUGUUCAGGACUGGAAGUGAGCCGACCCUCAGCCCAACCGUGCCAAAGAGAGUGAUGUUCGAAACGCAGGCCGGGGAGGCCAUCCGGGGUUCGGACAGCCAGUUGUGUCCCAAACCACCCCCCAAACCCAGCAAAGUGCCGUCCCUGCGCCAGCCGCAUUCCCCGCGACUCCAGCAAGCCCCAUACAGCCCUGACGUGAACUACUGCGAGUUGAGACCCUGCAGCCCAACCGACUGGGAGAGGCUCACCCAGACCGUAGUGUCCCCCAGCAGCUACGUGGAGAGGCUGAGAACCGAGGAGAACAUAAAGACCUGCUACAGGAAGUCAGAAACCAAUUUUUCUGUGCUGGAGCUGAACUCUUACCAACCUGCCAUGGAGUCAGUGGAAGACAGCAAUGAAGAGGAAGAGAAGGGGCCAGCAUUUGUCCGUCCAGUCUUUGAGACCAUGUCCGUAUUUAGACCCAAUGACUUUGAAUCCCGGCUGCUUCCCUCUGAGAACAAACCACUGGAAACGGUAGUCCUCAAAAAAGCCAAAGAGCUUCUUGUGAGCAAAGACCUAAAGACCAUCGCCAAGCACAUCCUUUUAGCUGACUGCCAGGUUGCUAGGAUACGGAACGUCUCUGAAGAAACAAAGGGGUUGAUGGGAGUGAACUCGGGUCUGGAACUCAUUACAUUGCCUCAUGGACACCAGCUGCGUCAGGACCUAAUUGAAAGGCACAACACGACGUCAAUCGGGGUAGCGGUGGAUAUUCUGGGCUGCACUGGGAGUCUAGAUGAGCGAGCAAUGGCACUCAACAGGAUCAUUCAAGUGGCGGUGGAACUGAAGGACUCGAUGGGAGAUCUGUAUGCCUUCUCUGCUAUCAUGAAAGCACUCGACAUGCCACAGAUUACCAGGUUGGAGCAAACGUGGACUACCCUGCGGCGCAAGUACACUCAGACAGCCAUAACCUACGAGAAAACACUCAAACCCUUUUUCAAAGGUCUAUAUGAUGGAAGUGACGUUCCCCUCAGUAGUACAACAGUCCCUCUCUUGAUGCCUCUUAUCACCCUGAUGGAGCGCCCGGCGGUUACCUUUGAAGCAAUGGAUCUGUGGGAGAGCAAUGACCAAGGCUGCGAGAUAAUGUUCCGCCACUUGGAAAGUGGCCGCACUGUAGCUGAAAAUGCAGAUACAUACAGGAACAACACGGAACGCGUUCUAGAAGAUUUCCAGCCCAAUGAAGACAUGCUUGAGAUCUUCAAGACUGAUUUUCAGCUCCGGUUACUGUGGGGCAGCAAAGGAGCUCAGGUAAACCAGACGGAGCGCUAUGAAAAGUUCAAACUGAUUUUAACCGCUUUGUCAAGGAAGCUGGAGCCUCCUGGCAAACACACUGAAUUAUGAGAGGCAACAAAACCAUCUUACGAGGCCUGAAGUAUCCACCAGAGAAAAAUCCCAAGCCUGGCUGCAUUUCAAAGUGACCGUGCGCUACACUACUGCGUAGUUGGUUAGAAAGAUAACGGGAGAGACCAGUUACAAAGAAGAUGGUCACGGGAGGUUUGAUGUCUAAAUCCCAGUUCUGGUCAAAUUACUGGAGCUACUAAAUACAGUCUGGAAGAUGUCACUCCUCAUGUACUAUAAUUGUGCCUUUUCAAACCUUUUAUUGACUUAAGUUAGAGAAAAGGCUUUGUGUACUGCAAUGUUUUAAACAUAAAAAUUGGUUUGGUUGUACACAGUGUAUUACACCUGCUUAAAGGGUGGACAUUUUGUAUUUGUUUACGACUGUAAGUCGCCCUGGAUAAGGGCGUCUGCUAAGAAAUAAAUAAUAAUAAUAACAUCAUUUUCAAUUUCCACCAGCAUUUCUAACAUACAAAUUUGCUUAACUGCUCAGGGUAUAACCUUUUUGUUGGGUAAAUCACACAUUUACCAAAAGUGCACACAGAGAGCGCUACAUCUGUUGGUAUUGUAAAACACUGGGAAUCUCGUCAUAAAACUUACCUUACUGGUCCAUCUGUUUAUAUACUAAAGUACCACAUGAGUAAAAAAGAAAUGCUGGUUCGGAAGAAAAUAAGGUAAAUAUAAAGGAGUUUUAAAAUACAGCAUGUGAAUGCAAGAUUGUGUAAUAUAUUUUCCUGCUUCAAUAUCAAACUAACAUGUAAAUAGAAUGACAUAUUAAUUUUAUUAUCUUUGUAUAUGAUUAAAUAUUGAUAAAUGACUAAAUGUAUAACCAUGUGACCAACUAAUUAAAAGUACACACUGGUAUUGUUAGUAUGUUUUAUUUUUUUGUAUUAAAUAAAUAAACCACAAACGACAUUCAUGUGCAGCAUCGGGAAUACUUAAAGAA